AUGACAUCAACCAAUAGAUCAACGACCGACCAGUAUGGUCCAUCAACAAGCAGCAACUGGAAUUGGACGUCGCAGGAGAUACAUCAACGCUUGGAAAAACUGAAUCAUGGCACUUUCAUCGAUUUAAUUCCCAUGAUCUUGUUUGUAACGAUGCUGAUCGUCGUCGGGGUCCCUGGCAACCUUCUCGUCUUUCUUGUUUACCUCAAGAGGUUCAAGGCCAGCGCCACGCGCGUGUUUGUACUGGCCAUGGCUGUGGUUGAUCUGGUGACCAACGUCUUCACCUUGCCCAGGCACAUUGUUCUGAUGAGAUUUACCUACACUACCCACGGAUCUACUUACUGUCAGGUGAUGGGAAUGUUAACCAUGUUCCCUAUCCUCAUGUCCUACUGGAUUCUCGCCUGCGUGGCUUUCGAUCGUCGACGUCGCAUCUGCCACCCUCUUCGACGUCAGCUGAGCGCUCGUCAUGCCACCUACCUGCUGAUUCUUCCUUUCGCUCUGACUGCUGUCCUCUUGUUUCCCUUCAUGCCCUUCUACGGUGAAAUGCCUUUCGAAACAGGUGUACCUGGGCUUAAUGGAAGUAAUUGCGAAUUACAAUCUUCAUACUUAGGUGUGAACGUUGAAAAAAUGUUUCAAUUUGCCUUGAUGAUCUUCUUUAUCGUUGGAUUCUCCAUGGGGACAUUCGCUUAUGCGCACAUAGUGUACAAGGUGUGCCAGCAAAACAAAAUGCAUCGGUAUUUUGGAAAUCAAGGAAAUGGUGUGUUAGUCAACCGGUGA